AUGAAAUUUGAAUUUUGUUUUUCCUUGGUGGCAAUUGAAUGCGAUGGCACAACGGUAAACACGGGACACAAAAAUGAAGUCAUUGUUUUAUUAGAAAAACACCUGAAACGACCUUUGCAAUGGUGUGUGUGCCUGUUACACGUAAAUGAAUUAGCGUUUCGCCAUUUGUUCUCCAGUCUCGACGGUACUACAACAGGCCCUAAUAGCUUUUCUGGCAGUAUAGGAAAAAGGCUCGACAGCAGUUUCGACUUCAAAAUAGAAGCAUUUGAACCAAUCCUAACAGACUUGCCAGACCUGAAUACUGAUUUGUUAAGCACCAAUCAAAAAUAUCUGUAUCAGAUGUGCUCCGCAAUUUCUGCUAGUUUGGUAUCACCAAACUUAGCUAUUAAAGGUCCAGGAAAACUGACACAUUCUCGAUGGUUGACUUGCGCAAAUAGGAUUUUUCGGUUAUAUAUUGGAACAGCUGACCAGGCGGAAAACUUAAAAGAAUUAGCCAAUUUCAUCAUGAAAGCUUAUGCACCACCCUGGUUUGAUAUCAAGACAAAAUCAUCUUGUGAAUAUGAAAAUAUAUUGCUAGCUAUGUUACAAGAUGAUGCAAAACACAUAAGAGAAUUGGCUCUUCGGAAAAUUUUAAAAGCAAGAAAAAAAUCCAAAAAGACAAAAGUUCGUGAAUUCAAACUUCCAGAGCUUAAGAUUGAUGCAUCAAGCUAUCAUGAUUCAAUAGAUUGGGCGAUAGAAAAAAUAACAGAACCUCCACUGACAAUGAAGUAUAGCGAAAUAGAAAUUUCAAAUGACAUUUCUUCAAAAUGUCGUCUUGAAAUUGAAAAGUAA